UCGACUACAGUACCCAUUUAGUAAACCUUCCUGCAUAAUGACAACUGAAGGCGUUCGUUUAUCCAAGUUCCCGGUGGAAAUCGUGGACCACAUAUUCUCCUUUCUUCCGUUACCUGAUCGAAAGUCCGCAUCGCUGGUAUGCCGCCUGUGGAACGAGCUGGCCUUUGACGAUCGAUACAUGCGCCACGUGGUGAUCAACUUCAGUGGUUGGGAAAGCUCCAACAAAAUCAGUUACCUAAGGAAAAGUUCCCGUCGCUAUCGGAACAUUUUGGCGUACUUGGGAAGAGAGCUGCACCGGGAGAUUUUCUUCGACAUCAUCAUUGAAGUUUUGGACCACAUCGGUAGCGAGCUGCGGAGCUUCCACUGUAUGGCCCUCAUGAGUGAAAAACAACUGUGGAGCGUGAUUAGCCGUGUGCCGAAACUUGAACAGUUGAUAGUGGGAUUUUAUACGUCGAGCUCGAGACAACAAGAGUGCUUCUUUCCGGAAUUGAAGAAUCUGAAGGAUUUGCGAUUGCUGGAGAACGUUCAUCAGAUUCAAAGUCUGAAUAUUCCCGCUCUGACUCAGUUCAGUGGCAAUUUCAGCGACUCAUGGGACGCUAAAGAAUCAUUGGCUGCUCUGCGACGUAUGGCGCCGCAGCUCAAGAGAUUAGAAUUGCAAUCGAGUGAAAAUUUUAUUCCGAUCGACGAGCUUCAGUUUCCGAAUGUAGAAAAGCUGGAGCUAAGCGGUCAAAUCUACCAAGAUGCGAGUAAUUCCGCGUUGAGAGCCCUCUUCUCCGGAUUCAAAUGUUUGAAAGAGGUUGAUCUGAUUUUCAAUACGGAGCAGCUAGUGCUGGAUAUAAUCACCAAGGAGUGUCCGGGGAUUGAGAAAUUGCAUUUCGAGAAUCAUCCACUGAAUCCUAAUUCGUUUAGUUUGUUGGAGCGAUUGAAGCGCUUGGAGACAUUGAGCCUUGUCGUUAGUAUUGAUACGCCAAUCAUUCUGGAGAGUAAGCCCCUAGUAAGUGUUAAGCGCCUUUGCCUGCAGAUAUACAACAUGGAUGCUGAUGCAAGUGUCAUCAAGGGUCUUCGGAAACUGUUGCCGAAUGUGAACGACGUGAGUGUGAUAUUGGCAACAUAUUUCAAACCGGAGAACGUUCUGGACCACAUCUGCCGCAGCUUUUCACAUAUUAAGCGAAUUUACAUUUCGCAUGCUUGGAAUCCUCAGCUGGACGGCAACCUGUUGGGGACUUUGCAGCAUCUGGAUCAUCUCGAAGAGCUUUUGCUAAAUGGCAUUCAUACGCCGGUGGAGCUGAUGGUUCCGAACAGACACAUGAAGCGUUUGACAUUGGAGCACUGCCGCUGGUUGACCGAUGGAAAUUUGUUGAACCUUGCGCAGUUAUAUCCAAAUCUUAAAUACUUGGAACUGGUUUGGUGCACCAAAGUUACUCCACGAGGAUUGGAGAAGUUUCGAUCUGUGCUGGCAGAUUGCGUAGUAUAUCGUGUUCGCUCGAACCCACUGCGCUACACAGACUCAAAACACCAACAAUUAAAGUUUUUCCUGUCUUGGAUAUUGUAGAAACAACUCAUUCAAUUCUUGGAGUUCAUGUUAUUUGAUAGCAACCACAGGACAGGAUUGAAUAAGUUUUGUGGCCUGAGUUUCUUUAACAUUUGCACAGGG